UGUAGCUCUGGCUGUCCUGGAACUUGCUAUAUAGAGCAGGCUGGCCUUGAAUUUGCAGAGAUUUGCUUGCCUCUGCCUCCCAAAUGCUGGUAUUAAAGGCCAGUGUUCUGAAGGCUCUGGAUGGGAAUGGCUUGCCUUACAAUGACAGAAAUGGAGGCAACCUCUACAUCUCCUGCACAUCAGAAUGGUGAUAUUCCUGGAAAUGCUAAUUCUGUGAAGCAGAUAGAGCCAGUCCUUCAGGUGUAUCUGUACCACUCUCUUGGGCAAGCUGAAGGAGACUAUCUCAAGUUUCCAAAUGGGGAGUAUGUUGCAGAAGAAAUUUGUGUGGCUGCUUCUAAAGCUUGUGGUAUUACGCCCGUCUAUCAUAAUAUGUUUGCUUUAAUGAGUGAAACAGAAAGGAUCUGGUAUCCACCCAAUCAUGUCUUCCACAUAGAUGAGUCAACCAGGCAUAAUAUACUCUACAGAAUAAGGUUUUACUUUCCUCACUGGUACUGCAGCGGCAGCAACAGAACCUAUAGAUAUGGAGUAGCUCGUGGAGCCGAAGCUCCUCUUCUUGACGACUUUGUCAUGUCUUACCUUUUUGCUCAGUGGCGGCAUGAUUUUGUUCAUGGUUGGAUAAAAGUACCUGUGACUCACGAAACUCAGGAAGAAUGUCUUGGGAUGGCAGUGUUAGACAUGAUGAGAAUAGCCAAGGAGAAGGACCAGACCCCGCUGGCUGUCUACAAUUCCGUCAGCUACAAGACAUUCUUACCAAAGUGCGUUCGAGCGAAGAUCCAAGACUAUCACAUUUUAACACGGAAGCGAAUAAGGUAUAGAUUUCGCAGAUUCAUUCAGCAAUUCAGUCAAUGUAAAGCCACUGCCAGGAACCUAAAACUUAAGUAUCUUAUAAACCUGGAAACCCUUCAGUCUGCCUUCUACACAGAACAAUUUGAAGUAAAAGAAUCUGCAAGAGGUCCUUCAGGUGAGGAGAUUUUUGCAACCAUUAUAAUAACUGGAAACGGUGGAAUUCAGUGGUCAAGAGGGAAACAUAAGGAAAGUGAGACCCUGACAGAACAGGACUUACAGUUAUAUUGUGAUUUUCCUGAUAUUAUUGAUGUCAGUAUUAAGCAAGCAAGCCAGGAAUGCUCAAAUGAAAGUAGAAUUGUAACUGUUCAUAAGCAAGAUGGUAAAAUUUUGGAAAUAGAACUUAGCUCAUUAAAAGAAGCCUUGUCCUUCGUGUCAUUAAUUGACGGGUAUUACAGACUAACUGCGGAUGCGCACCAUUACCUCUGUAAAGAAGUGGCUCCUCCUGCCGUGCUUGAGAACAUACACAGCAACUGCCACGGCCCGAUUUCAAUGGAUUUUGCCAUCAGCAAACUAAAGAAGGCGGGUAACCAGACUGGACUGUAUGUACUUCGAUGUAGCCCUAAGGACUUUAACAAAUACUUUCUGACCUUUGCUGUUGAGCGAGAAAAUGUCAUUGAAUAUAAACACUGUCUGAUUACGAAGAAUGAGAACGGAGAAUACAACCUCAGUGGGACUAAGAGGAACUUCAAUAAUCUUAAGGACCUUUUGAACUGCUACCAGAUGGAAACCGUGCGCUCAGACAGUAUCAUCUUCCAGUUUACCAAAUGCUGUCCCCCAAAGCCCAAAGAUAAAUCUAAUCUUCUCGUCUUCAGAACAAAUGGUAUUUCUGAUGUUCAGAACUCACCAACAUUACAGAGGCAUAAUAAUGUGAAUCAAAUGGUGUUUCACAAAAUCAGGAAUGAAGAUUUGAUAUUUAAUGAAAGUCUUGGCCAAGGUACUUUCACAAAAAUUUUUAAAGGUGUAAGAAGAGAAGUCGGAGAUUAUGGUCAACUGCACGAAACAGAAGUUCUUUUGAAAGUCCUAGAUAAAGCACAUAGAAAUUACUCAGAGUCUUUCUUUGAAGCAGCGAGCAUGAUGAGUCAGCUUUCUCACAAGCAUUUGGUUUUGAAUUACGGAGUAUGUGUCUGUGGAGAGGAGAACAUUCUGGUUCAAGAGUUUGUUAAAUUUGGAUCACUGGAUACAUACCUGAAGAAAAACAAAAAUUCCAUAAAUAUAUUAUGGAAACUUGGAGUGGCGAAGCAGUUGGCAUGGGCCAUGCAUUUUCUAGAAGAAAAAUCCCUUGUUCAUGGAAAUGUGUGUGCCAAAAAUAUCCUGCUUAUCAGAGAAGAAGACAGGAAAACAGGGAAUCCACCUUUCAUCAAACUUAGUGAUCCUGGCAUUAGCAUUACAGUUCUACCAAAGGACAUUCUUCAGGAGAGAAUACCAUGGGUACCACCCGAAUGCAUUGAAAAUCCUAAAAAUUUAAAUCUGGCAACAGACAAGUGGAGCUUCGGCACCACUCUGUGGGAGAUCUGCAGUGGAGGAGACAAGCCUCUGAGUGCCCUGGAUUCUCACAGAAAGCUGCAGUUUUAUGAAGAUAAGCACCAGCUUCCUGCACCCAAGUGGACAGAAUUAGCAAAUCUUAUAAAUAAUUGCAUGGAUUAUGAGCCAGAUUUCAGGCCUGCUUUCAGAGCUAUCAUCCGUGAUCUCAACAGCCUGUUUACUCCAGAUUAUGAACUACUGACAGAAAAUGACAUGCUGCCGAGCGUGAGAAUGGGCGCCCUGGGAUUUUCCGGGGCUUUAGAAGACAGGGACCCUACACAGUUUGAAGAGAGACACUUGAAGUUUCUACAGCAACUUGGCAAGGGUAACUUUGGGAGUGUGGAGAUGUGCCGCUACGACCCUCUGCAGGACAACACUGGGGAGGUGGUAGCUGUGAAGAAGCUGCAGCACAGCACUGAAGAGCACCUCAGAGACUUUGAGAGGGAGAUUGAGAUCCUGAAGUCCUUGCAGCAUGACAACAUUGUGAAGUACAAGGGUGUGUGCUACAGUGCUGGUCGGCGCAACCUAAGAUUGAUUAUGGAAUAUUUGCCAUAUGGAAGUUUACGAGACUAUCUCCAAAAGCAUAAAGAACGGAUAGAUCACAAAAAACUUCUGCAGUACACAUCUCAGAUAUGCAAGGGCAUGGAAUAUCUUGGUACAAAAAGGUAUAUCCACAGGGACCUGGCAACGAGGAACAUAUUGGUCGAAAAUGAGAACAGGGUUAAAAUAGGAGAUUUUGGGUUAACCAAAGUCUUGCCGCAGGACAAAGAAUACUACAAAGUAAAGGAGCCCGGCGAAAGCCCCAUAUUCUGGUACGCUCCUGAAUCCUUGACGGAGAGCAAGUUCUCUGUGGCCUCAGACGUGUGGAGCUUUGGCGUGGUUCUGUAUGAGCUGUUCACAUAUAUUGAGAAGAGUAAAAGUCCACCCGUGGAGUUUAUGCGAAUGAUCGGCAAUGAUAAACAAGGGCAAAUGAUCGUGUUCCAUUUGAUAGAGCUACUGAAGAGUGACGGGAGGCUGCCGAGGCCAGCAGGCUGCCCAGAUGAGAUUUAUGUGAUCAUGACAGAGUGCUGGAACAACAACGUAAACCAGCGCCCCUCUUUCAGGGACCUUUCCCUUCGGGUGGAUCAAAUCCGGGACAGUAUGACUGCGUGAAAGAGAUGACCUUUGCUUAGAGACCAAGCAGACUUCCAGAACAAAGCUCCGUAGCCUCAUGACAGUGGACAUGCAUCCACACAUCCUUAUCACGAUGCUAGCUAGAAGAAAAUGUGAUGCUGUCUGCACGGAACUUCGGAACUUCAUGCAUUUUCUAUGUACCAUCUGUAAAAACCACUACUGAGGUCUGGCAGGGUGCUCGUGAACUCACGCCUGGAGUGCACCACACAGCCACUGUGGAUGCUCGUGAACUGACGCCUAGAGCGCAUCACACAGCCACUGCAUCUCCUCUGACAAAAGAAGAAAACAGACAGUUCUCAGCUCAGCUUUUUGAGAAAUGAAAAAAAUUAUAAUGUAAAUUUUGCAGUGCAAGAGAUACAUAGAACAUACAUGUACAGUUUUUACCAUGUGGAGUGUAUAAUACUUGGCAUCUUGUGUGAUUUACAUGAGGGCUGAUGUUUAUUAAUGUUUUCUAAUUUUUCCAUAGUUGAUCUAUAAUAACUUCAUGAUACAAAUUAAAAUGUUCAGAAAAUUAAAUACCUUUUUCUUUCUUGCUCAUCUAUGCUGCUCUGAGAGGGCCUGUAGUUCCAUGGCACUGUAAAUAUUUUUCAAAGCAAAAGGAACAAAAGCCUAGUUUUAUUUGUAUAGGAAAUCUUCCUGACCCUAAAGAAUUUUGAAAUGGAACAAUCUUACAAAGACACAGCACAAUCUAUUUUCUUAUUUGUUUUCCUUGUGUUUAUGGUAAAUAUGUUUUUAAAUAGAACUGUCUCCAACUUUUUCUAUGACAAUGAUGAAUAGCAUUCUUUUAUAUUUUUGAGAUUAAGAAUGCCAGAAAUACUUCCCUCCCCUGAACUGUUAACUGCCAAUGAGAUGUUUCAAUCCCUGAGACUUGUCAUUAUACAUUAAAUUGAAGUAUAAGCCAUACAUAAUUUGUAAAAUGUACACGCUCUUUAAGAUGCUUGGUGGGUUGAAGCAAGGACUAAGACUGUGUGAGGGGUUUCCAGGUUUGCCAUGACAGCUGUAAGAAAUGUCCCUUCGUCAGUCUCCCAGACAGAUGGGAAGGGAAGGUUGUGUUCCCCUUUGCUGUUCAUUCCAUUCAAGGAUACCAGCAGAUGUGUAAUGUACAUCUUGUAGGAGAGAAGAGAGAGCAUACAUAACUUCAAAGUAUAAGUAAUUGUUAUCAUCCUGUGCUGCUCCAUCUUAGACAAUGUCAUGUCAAAAAUAAAACAAGAUUUUUGUGUGUUAUUUAUACAA